GCGGUCACUCGCUCCGGACCUGUGCUGGAGGGAGGGGGAGACAGAUCAGAAGAAAUGCUGAAAUUAAGCAAAGUUCUCUUUUGACUUGGAUCUUUAUCAUGGGCAUGCAGAAUUCUAAAAUAGAUUCCUGCCCUCUUUCCACUUUUCCCAGGAAAAAGAGCAUGGAGUCUAAGCAAGAGGCCAAACACUCCAAAGAUAUUAGAGAGAGCAGUAGUGACAAGGACCUGAAAGAACUAAAGGAAGAGGAAAAGGAGGAGGAAGGAGCAGAAGAGCUAUCUAAAGAGGAAUUGGAAGAAGAGGUAUUCUUUAAGUUUGUGAUUCUGCAUGCUGAAGAUGACACCCAUGAAGCCCUCAGGGUCCAAGGGAUGCUGCAAAAUGAAUUUGGCAUUAAACCUGGAAUAAUCUAUGCUGAAAUGCCAUGUGGCAAACAACAUUUACAGAACUUAGACGAUGCCGUAAAUGGGUCUGCCUGGACCAUUUUUUUAUUGACUGAAAACUUUUUGAGGGAUGCUUGGUGCAAUUUCCAGUUCUAUACAUCCCUAAUGAAUUCCAUUAAUAGGCAGCAUAAGUACAAUUCUGUCAUACCAAUGAGGCCACUGAAUAAUCCUCUCCCCAGGGAUAAGACUCCAUUUGCCUUACAGACUAUCAAUGCUCUGGAAGAAAGAAGUUCCGGCUUUCCUAAACAAGUAGAAAAAAUUUUCCAGGAUUCUGUGUACGAGAAACAAAAAGCCAUAUGGAAAGAUUCAAAAAAUAUGGUAGAUAGCUAGAAAAGUAAGAGGAGUGGGACAUUUUAGUGAAUGAAACAAAACAAAACUACAUAACUGGGGGCAGGCAGGAUAAAACGAUGUCAUUUUGUAACAUCUUCCAGGAAAGUUAGAAUUUCUAAGAAAGUAGAAAUAAGAAUGAUACUUUUUCUGAGAAAAGCCAUUGGCACUGAAAACCUAUGGAAUUAGCAUGCUUCUCUAGACAAGGACUAGCCAUUUUGAUUAUUCUGUUCCCAGGAACGUUUGUCUGAUGUGUUCCCCCUUGAUUUGAGGAUGUGACAAAAGAUGUGCUUUUAACUAACUUUUGGCAUUCCUUGAUUUAUCUUCUUCCUUGAAGGGUGUUCUCCUUUGAGUCAGUGUAGAGUAGUAGGUACGCCAGCUUUGGAGUCAGAAGACCUUAGUUCAAAUCCCAGGCCUGAUAUUUAAUAUGUGUGUGAUAACCUCUCUGCCUUAAUUUCCCCAUCUGUAAAAUGAGGGAGUUGAAUUAGUUGGCUUCUAUCCCUUCGAACUCUCUAUCUCUGAUCCUGUGACUAUGGGUAUUAUAUAAUUUCUUUAAAUUGUAUUCCGUGUUUUUUUAAAUUAAAAUA